AUGGUUCGUUCGACUAUCAUCGUCAGGGCCUCCGACGCUCUUCCUCUUGCCGCGAGCGUCGAUGACGAGCAGACCGAGCAGGCUCUUCAAGAGCACAAGCAACAGUCGAAACUCAUAUUUCGCCGUAUAACUCCCAACGCUGAGCCACGGUGCUCUAUAGAGAGUGGGCCGUAUACACUGCAUUACCUUAUUUCAGAUAAUGUCGUCUUCCUUACAAUUUCGGACAAGUCAUACCCGCGUAAACUAGCGUUCUCAUACUUGGACGAGCUAUCAAAGGAGUUUGCAAACACGUAUGGGCCCAAGGUGGAGACGGUACGGAAGCCUUAUGCAUUCGUUGGCUUCGACACAUUUAUGUCGAAAACAGCAAGACUCUACCGUGAUAGUCGAACGGCAAACGCUGCAUCUUCAGCAAUGGACAAACUCAAUGACGACCUUCAAGACGUAACUCGAAUUAUGACGAAAAAUAUGGAGGAGCUGCUAUGGCGAGGAGAUUCACUUGACAAGAUGUCACACCUAUCAACAUCUCUUCGCUCAGAAUCGGAGAAAUACCGCAAGGCGGCGCGAAAUAUCAACAUCCAAGCUAUGCUUCGACAAUACGCCCCCUUGGGCGCUGUUGGUCUACUUGUCAUCAUCAUCAUUUACUGGAGAUUCUUCUAG